AUUCGUGCAAAGGAGCUGACAAGGAGCGAUCGAUGGACCGAGCCAACGUCUCGGUGAGCUACGCCGGCGCCGCCAGCCUCGCGCUCUUCGGGCAGAACGACGACUGCCACAAGUGCGCGCUCGUGCGCCUCCUCCCGGAUGGCUGCGACGACAUCAACUGCUCCACGCUCUCGUCGGACGCGAGCCUGUACCUUAUCAACACGGUGUACCCGUGGAGCCUCGAGCUGCGCACCGACGACAACGACACGGCGAUCUGGUCGGAGCGCCGGACGUUUGCCGACACGGGCGUCUACGCCAUGCGCGUCGAGGAUGCGACUGGUGAUGCUGUGGCCGUCACGUUCAGCACGACGAUCGAGCCGUCGCCGUCGCGUAUCUUUCUCGUGAUCGGCCUCGUCCUCGUUGCGUGGUUGCUCUCGUGCUUUGGGCUCUUCUUCUACAAGCAGCGCCACGCACAGUCCGCACCGCCGACCCCGGAGAAUCUCGACUAUGGCGGCGACGACGCCCACGAGCAGCCGUUGCUCGCGCAGCCACCGCCGGCCAAGCCGCGCGUCGUGAGCCUCGACGUCUUUCGAGGGCUCACGAUCGUGUGCAUGAUCUUUACCAACCUCGGCGGCGGGCGCUACUGGUUCUGGACGCACGCCACGUGGAACGGCCUCACGCCGGCCGACGUCGUCUUCCCCUGGUUUGUGUGGAUCAUGGGCGUGACCAUGACCAUUGGCGUGCGGUCGCAUGUGAGAAGGGGCGCGUCGCAUUGGACGCUCGUGCGGAGCAGCCUCGUCCGCGCGAUCAAGCUCUUCUGUCUCGGGCUCUUCGUCAACAACAUGCACGACCUCGACACGUGCCGGAUUCCUGGCGUGCUGCAGACGUUCGCCUUUGCCUACUUGGUCGUGACGCUGAUCGUAGUCGCGGGCUUGCUUGGCAACACGCAGACGCAAACGCAUUUGAUCCAAGCCAGCCUGAUUCUCUGCGUCACGGCCAUCUACCUCGGGCUCAUCUUUUUCCUGCCCGUGCCCGGCUGCCCGACGGGGUACUUUGGACCGGGUGGCAACGGGGAUUUUGGCGAGUACCGCGACUGCCUCGGCGGUGCGCAUCGCGUCGUGGACCGAUACAUUUUCGGGGACCAGCACAUGCUGUCGGGGGGCACCCCCAUGGGGGGUGUACGGCCCAGAAGGUCCGUGGGACCCCGAAGGGUUUCUCAUUGGCUCUCAGCGUCGCUCUUGACGUACCUGGGCUACGCAGUCGGUGGUGCCUUUUCUGAGCGCAACGUGCUGGAAGCGCAAGACGGUGAUUUUGUGUGGCGCCGGAGGAGUCUCGUGCCUCCUCGGGCUUCUUCUCUGCGGCUUUGCGAUCAACGACGGGUUCAUCCCGAUCAACAAGAACUUGUGGAGUCUCUCGUUCGUGCUCGUGACGUCGGGGCUCGCGUGCCUCGGGCUCUGCUUCAUGUACCUCCUCGUCGACAAGUUUAACGUGUGGUCGGGCGCACCGCUCUUGUACGCUGGCAUGAACGCGAUCGUGCUCUACGUCGGGCACGAGACGCUUGGGGGCUUCUUUCCUUUUUCGUAUGCGCACGCUGAUACGCACACGGCGUGGACCAUCUCCAACCUCAUUGGCACCGCGUCGUGGGUCGUGAUUGCGUAUGCCAUGUACCGCAAAGGCAUCUUUAUCACGGUCUAAACCAGAAAUACUACAGGAGCCCUAGCCCUA